UGAGGUUCAAAAAGGAAGCGGAGAAGAUGGGGCUAUAAAUCAACGAAAACAAGAUGAAAUAUAUGUAUAUGAGCCGCAAUAACCAAAGCAGAGACAGAACCAUCGAUGGGUCCAUCGAUGACUUUAACUUUGAGCUCGUUAGAGAAUUAAAGUAUAUUAGAACAACAGUAACUGAAGACAAUAACGGAUCACAAGAAAUAAACUACAUGAUUCAGGCCGGCAACAGAUGUCUUUUUGCUCUCCAAAACCUCAUAAAAUCGAAACAACUAACACGACAUACGAAGAUACAUGUCUAUAAAACAAUCAUACGACCCGUUGUGAUGUAUGUAAGCGAAACGUGGACGAUAAGAGAGACUAUGUAUUAGGGAAAGAAAAAUCCUAAGGAAGAUCAUUGGUCCU